CAGAUUUCCGAGUAGUGCUGAAGUAAGGAGUUCUAAUAGGAGUAACUGGAUUACCACUAAGAAGAUGUUGGAUUACCAGGAGGAAAUCAAGGAUUACUGUAUGGAAUUUUAAAAUGUGAACAACGAUCAGUGUAUUUAAAACUACAACUCAGGUCAAUGAAGAGAAACUUAUUAGAUUUAAACAGAAAAUUUAUUCAAUUAAGUCACAAUUAAUUGUACAGUAACAAUUUCUCUGUUUUUCGAGAUUUAUCUUUAUUGAAAGAUAUUAUCUGCAAUUGAACAGUUUGUUUAUGACUGAUAUUAUUACAGAAACUAGUCAGGUGUGUUGUGUUAAAAGUCAUUCAGCAUGAAAAUUAAUUGAGAAAUUACCUAAGAAGCCUCAAAUCAUGAUGUGUCUUACAUUAGAAAUUGGCACGCAGCGUUGAUUUUAUAUUACCGAUUGACAAAGAUCAAAAGAUUUAUUCUAGUGCAUAAAACUUACAUGGUAUCUAGAUUUCCGACGUGUCAAUUGAGCCUUUGGAUGAAACCGUAAUAAUGAGAUAAUAUUGACUUUCGUAACUUACUGCUUCCUUCGUUAAUGUAUACUGCUAAGUAACUUUGAUUGGUUAAACAAAGGAGGAAGUUUUAAUUGUGGACAUCAAAGGCUUAUAGGGAUCUAUUAAUUAAUAAACAGUAAAAUAAUUAAUCCCAUUGUUCUAAGUUGAGGCAUCAAGUUGUAUCAAUUAAAAUUAACUUGAGAAAAGUGAAGCUGAUCUUACAGAAGGAAGAUACUGUAUUGGAGUCUUAACUAAAUCAAAUAAUUGAAAACACAAUAUUCUCACAAUUAUUUGGUGCAACCUGUCAAAACACAAUCUGGCACAAUCAAUGGUUGUGCUUUUACUAAAAGUGAGUGUCUACCUCAGAAAUAAGAAUUCUAAUGUUUCAAACAUCUAUGGUGAAAUACGAUGUUGACUUAUUUAACUGUAAAGGUGUCGCAGCUAAAAUGAUGGAUCGGGAUCGAGGAGGAUUAUUGAAUCGGGCAAGUUAUGCUCCCAGUCUUCUUCCACAGAGAGAGAAUAGAGAAAAACCUGAUGUACAACAGAAUAAGGAUCAAAAUAGACCUCCAGAAGGCUACAACCCAAGUAGGCAUUCUGAGACAUAUAACCAAAAUAGGCCUUCUGAAUGUUAUAACCAAACAAGACCUUCUGAGGGGUAUAACCAAAUGAGGCCUUCUGAGGGGUACAACCAAACAAGGCCCUCUGAAGGAUAUUCACCCAAUAGGCCAUCUGACACUUUUAACCCAAAUCGGCCACCAGAAGGAUAUACUCCUCAAAAUAGAGCUCCCGAUCCCUUGCAACCAGUGCGGUAGGUUUUUUAUUUAAUUUCCCUUAGGCACUGCCUAAUUUGAUUUUCACUUAAUACCAUAUAAUAAC